AUGGCGUCUGAAUCGCGGCGCGCGGCGCCCACGGGGAAGCGACAAGUCUCGACGACGAAAGCCUUAGCGCCGAAACUUCCCAUCAUCACCGCAGAGUUACUUCAUCGCGAGUCGAGGCGGUCGGUGAUGGAUAAGUUCGGCAAAGUUCGGUGUCAGGUGUGUGGACGCGCGUUCAAGGCGUACGACGCGUUGGAGCAGCACAUCGGCGCUUCGCAUUACGGUUUGAAUAAUCCCGAGGCGAAGGUUCUAGAGGCGGCGCAGAUCGCUGCUGGAAUUAUACCGACGGCCAAUACGCAAGUCAAUCGUGUGUCGCUGAACUUAGGCGACUUGGUGUCUUCUAAGACGAAGACUUCGAAUAGCAUGGUGAACUCUCUCGCGACGUACUUCAAGACGGACAAGCCGGCGAAGAACGCGAGGGCAGAGGGUAAAGAGCAGCAGAUGAUUAGAAGCACAAACAUGGCGACGUCGACGGGCAUGGUGCCCAAACGCGGCAAAGCGCGACGAGAAGGGAAGAAAAAGAAGCAAUCGACGCUGAAAAAGAUAAUUCUUCGAGAGCGCACAACGCGGCGAGAGGAAGAAUCAAAGAAGAUCGUCGAAGAGGAAGUGGAAGUCGAGAUCGAGGUUCGCGUCGACUGGGUGUAUGUGCUUCUGACGUACGACGAGACGAAUCACUCUGUUGGUGUGAAUUUCAUGUGCAUGGAUGCAGACUCGGACGAUGAUUCGGAUGAAGAUGUGUCGGACGAAUCCGCCGCAGCAGAGGGCGAGAACGCCGACGAGCACAGCGUACAACAGAAGCUCGACAUCAUCGAAGCGCGUGCACCGGCCGGGGUGUGGGGCGUGCGAAGUUUGCUGGACGUUCUGAAAGGCGAACCAGAGCCAAAGUCGGCCAAGGUGAAGCAGGAGACUCGAACGUGUGACGUGUGCGACGUGAAGUGCUUCGGCGAGCAAGCAUGGAACGCGCACGUCGGCGGUAAACUGCAUGCGAAAAAGCUCGCGAUUCGGGACGACCCUGAAGCGGCGGAGAAAGCGGCGUCGCAGAAUAAAGCGGCGAAGACGUACGUCGGCGAAGAAGGCGCGUUAAACAUACGAUACGCCGAGCAAAUAAUCACCGACGAGCUCAACGAGGCGACCAAGACGCUCCUUUCGACGCUCAAACGCUUUCAGGACCGUCUGUACCACACCGAUAAGAUUAAGGCGAAGAUGCGCCGGCGGUUGCUCUUCGGAUUACGCGAAGUCGCGAAAAGCGUGGACGCGCGGACGAGCAAGGUUGUCGUCAUCGCGCCGAACAUCGAGAAGAUUGAAAGCGAAGGCGGCCUCGACGACCGUGUCCGACAAAUAAUCGCGGACGCUCGAGAAAAAGAUGUUCCAGUCAUCUUUGCGCUCACCAAAAGACGCAUAGGAAAAGCGCUGGGUAUCCAAGCCGUCUCUAUCGUCAGCGUGCUGGAUUACAACGGCGCGGACGAAGAAUUCAAACGCGCGCUGACGCUGGCCGCCGACGGUCGAGCGCUGUACGCCAAGCGAGGCGCCGUCCCCAAGCUCGACCUUUCCGCGCGCGAAUUCAUUCCUAGCGCGUGA